GCACGAGUGAAAUUUCAUCGUCCAGCUUCCCACGUAAGUUCACGCUCCCCGUGAAAUGUUGGACGAGCUAGUCUAGUUUUUACGUUUAUGCACACUCCCAACUGUUGGUCUUAGCGCAAUGGUGCUUGGUUCGUUAGUUUCUCAGGUGGAUGCCGUGUUAAUUUUUGUUGAGCCCGCCGACACAAGGUCAGAGGAGUUGGUGAUGUCUUCCACCAUAUUUGGUGUGUCAGGGAAUGAAUGAUCGCAUCAUGGGAGUACCUACAGGACAGCAGCAAGAGGGACAUGCACUCAACAGCAAACCGGCUGCUCGCGCUAACUUGAUAAUUAUUAACAGACAAACUUGUGGACAAGAUGCUGUCGUCGGUCGCACCGUGUUCUUUCGUCGCUCCUUUGUCUUUUCUGCAGCUUAUGGAGCAGACUGCGCAUCUGCAGCAGGCAAAGUGAGCAGAGGCAACGGGCCGCAGUCCCCGACAGAGGGCUGGUCGUCGCUUCAAUAGAUUCUCGACACCAUAAUUGCAAAUUCAAGGUGAUAUGCUGGAAUGCAGCGUCGCAAUUCAUCCUCUCCAUAUUUACGGACAAUCAUCACACCCGUUUCGUGCCAUAGAAGCCGGGAUGGGACGGUUGUUUUUCGACAGAAUUUGUUUAGCACAGCCAUCCAGUUGCAGAUUCGCAAACGAUGCGAAUGGAUAUUGAAGAACAUGGCUUGCUUAGAGAAGACAGGAGCCGCGACGUCGAUGCGCUAGGGGUGGACACUGCUUCUGAUUUCGCUCGUUAUUGAAAAAGGACCUCGCGUACGCGACUCGUUGCCGACUUGUUGUUCUAGAGGCCUUUAAGACACGUAAAAAUUAGACAUAGACAGAAUCGCUCGAAAAGGAUAAUCGGAAAAUUUUUAUUUUCAAAGCGCUUCAUCCACUAGUAUCUUGAGGACUGAAAAGUUUUUCCACGAACAGUGCAUGCGGCGAAAGACGGCUGAACGAAGAUGUCUCUUUUUGACGAGCAGAGUUAAAGUGUUCGCGACACACACCAAAGGGAAAACGGCAAACAGUGUGUUCUUCGACAGAGAGAAUGAUCUGUUUGUUUCAGCUGAUCUUCACGGGGUGGCAACGAGAGAUCAACACAACCGUUGUGACCCACUGGGUGCUGGAAAAACUACGCGGCAGCCGAGUGUGCUGCACAGUGCCAGGCGACGGUGGAGGGUUGCACUGAUUCCGACGAAGAUGCCUGGCCGUGCUUCUUCCGGCAGUUUCCGAUAGAUCAGAAGAAGAAAUGCUACAUCACAGCUGAAGAUGAACGAUGUGUGCUAGUAGAUAUGAGUGAGGCAGCAUACUCGGCGGAAAGAGGCUGGGACCCUGAAACAAUGACUUGCAAGUGCCCCAAUGAUGCACCCGCGUGCUCAGCAGAACAGGCUACAUAUAAUCUGAUCAACCAUAGUUCGGUUGCUCUCGGCCAAGGUGCCAUCUGUGCAGCAGCCACAGGGACCGUAUCUGGUAUUGCCCGCCAUUUCAAGAGAUCGACUUUAGAUUUGUGCGGCGACUUGUCGAAAUUGUCACCUUUGAGUUGGGAACAGCUGCCCUUACCCCCUUAUAUGGCGGAUGACGUCAUUCUGGAUGAUGAGGUCAUACGGAGCGGCCACUAUUUGUGCACCAAAUCAUACCAUCAUGUGUUCUGCCGUAGCUCCCUGAUUACCACAUCAACGACUACACCUGAACCGAAAUGGGACUGGCCUGCCAGACAAGACUGUGUGCCGGGUGAAUGGACGAGCUGGAGCAAGUGCUCAAUGGACUGUUAUGUAGGAAGUGGUGCGCUGCCGGUAAAGUCGAGGUCCCGAUCUGUACUAAUUGAUCGACGUGGGACAGGAAACGUGUGUGUCCUCGAGGACCACACCCUGUGUAAAGUCGGUUCUGAGGUACCGUACUGCGAAGACUUAUGCUGGAUCACUGACUGGGGUGACUGGAGCGGCUGCGAACAGAAGGUGCUGCAGAUCGGACAAGCGGCAGUUCGAGCUCGCACGAAGCUUCGGCACAUCUUUAUGGGCACAGGGGGCGUGUGUAGUUCCGACCACAUCCAGUACGAUUACUCCGGUUGCAAGAGUGGUAUGGAUUCUAGCGGGGGGCGGGAGGAUGACUCAGCACAUUCGAUGGUGGAACAGAAAUCACGGGUAACAGACGCCGGCUGCAAGAAGUCUUCUGGCUGGUCCGCCUGCUCUCUGCCGUGCCAGCAGCCAGGCGCGAACGCCGUGACACAACAAUUCCAGCUUGGACUGCCAGAAACGGUGACAGCCUCUACCACCUCGUACUGUGCCUCUAGGUCGCGCGCCUGUGUGGAGAAGAAGCCGCCAUGUGUGCUGGACGUCGCACCCGAUUGCUCCCUUGUGAAGCCCAGAUACGAUUCCCCCGAGGAGGCUCUGUACUGCCACGAGCUGUGUAAUAAUGCUCUAACACGCUGCAGGGAACAAGCAGCACUGCAAUUUCAGACACAAUGGGAGUGCAUUAUGGCAUUCAUCAACUCGUCAGGCGUUACUGGGCGGUGCCAGAUUCAGAAAGGCGCAGUUAGCAAAACAACCCUGCGGCCACCUGUCUGCUUCUUGAGUCGGACGCGUCAAGUGGAUGCCUCAAAGAGUCUUUCUUUUCUGACUACCGACAAGACUAGUGGCCGCGGUUCCUGCAUGUGUGCAGUUACAAACAGCGUACCGUGCUCUCCUGAAGAAGUAGCAUUAUCGUUUGAUGACUGGGCUAAGCAGCUAGGUUCGACCGUUUGUCCGUUCGGUCAGCUGGGAGCGUUCUUUAAUUCACCUAACUCGAAGGGCUCCGCCGAUUCUUUCGUCUACUUCGGCGCUUCCGACCUGGGACGUGUACACUGCCCCAUUUCCAAGAGUUCAGACUUAGGCAGUCGCUUUCCUACUUUCACAGAGUUUGAAAGCCCGGAAAGCAUGAACAACUUCUGCGAAAACGGCCUACCUUUCUGGCAAGAGAAGCGGGAACCUCUAGUAGAUUGCCGGCAGGUGAUACCGAAGAAUGCCUCAACAACGGACUGCCCGGGGCGUUGCCACAAGGCAGUGGUCAACUGCAUGGUGAGCAAUGAUUCAUUAGACAACUGCAUUAACGAGGCCCUAUCAGCCGGUGACUUCGCCGAAAAUUGCGAACUUCAGUCCUCGGUGAAGCUCGGCAAGGGCUUGAUGUUCUGCAAGCGUAUUCGCACGGACUGCGAGUACUCCGAAUGGUCAGAAUGGAGCGAAUGCAGCCGUACCUGCAGAAGUGGAGAUGAUGAGGAGAGUGUUCGGGUCAGGGGUCGCAAGCUGCUCGUCGCUGCCGAACACGGAGGCAGCUGCGACGCCGACAUCGAGGAUUCUCAUGGUGGGAGCCUGAGCGACGUCCAGCUGUGCGACUGGCUUCCUCCUUGCGACGCGCUGGCAGAUACAGAGACCUACGUUAUCAUGCCAAAGCCGGAACCAAAACUGGCAGACUGGAGUGCGACACGGACAACGACAACGACAGUGAUUCCGGGUCUUCAGAAUGAGAACAAGAUCUUGUGCACCAUCGUGGACAUGGCCGACUUCUCCAAAUCUCACCGAGGCUAUGACACGGAGACGGAGUCGUGUAAAUGCCCGUACAAUGCGAGAGUAUGCAGUCGAACGGAAGCGGUCAACUCCCGCGACAACUGGGACGAACUCAUGCAGACAGUUUGCGAGAGCAAUGGCCAAGGCCAGAUACUUGCACAGGGCAUGGAGACGUUCAGUUGCAGCGACCGCGUAUUUCGGUCAUUCAGGGGCACUUUAGGUCAGACGCCUGAAGCGCACUGCAAAAGUGAAGACGCAACGUAUAUCUUCUGUGAAGAUGGUGCGAUCGAUAACGACCUCAUAUUCACAGAGGUGAUGAUGUCGAUUAUUACCGGCGUCGUCAUGGGAAUAGCCGUUGUCUACUGGGCGAUUCAGUACAGUGGGGAUGUCCAGAAAGUGCUUGGUUUGGCCGGCCGAUACGUGGAGCUGACGAACCUCCUGCAUGAAGUGUCUCAAGAGCCGCAGGCGCACGAAGAAGAGAAGGCGGAAGAAGGCGAGGGACCAGAUGAAGACGCAGAACCUGAAGCGGCAGUCGAGGGAAAUAAUGAAUUUGACUGCAACCCACGGGCGAAGGAAGAGAAUGGAGAAGAAUCGGAACAGGAUGCCUCGGACAGUGAAUCCGGUUCCGAUGACGACGAUGAUAUUGUAUCGGAAGAGUAGUAGAAACAAGACCUCCAAAGCAGACAUCACGACCUUGAAUGACAAGCCAACUGCCGCAGGCAUCUACGGCCGUGGAACAUUUCGUCUUCUUGGGGCCCCUGUGCCAAAAAAGGUUACGGAUAGGAACUGGCCUCAGAAUGCUCCGCGAAGAGUGUGUGAUCUGGACGACGAAGCGGCUACCUGUAACUGCGAAAUGUCCGCUCUCAUUUUUGUUCGUAGAAAGACGACGGAGCACACACAGAUCGCGACAUGUGAAAUACGAAACCCACCCUCCCUGUCUUGUUCAGUGUGUAUAAGGAGGCCAUUCAGAGCGCCGUCGCGUCAGUGCGUCCACUAAAGAUGUCGUUGGUAUGUAUGUGGUCCCUAAUACGAACGACCCCGAAGUGGGCGAGCCGUGAGAACGGUAAUUCAGUGAUCAGACGGAAUCUGCAACCGAAGCUUGGUCUAUCUAAUCUACUAUGACGAACAACGCGCGUGUCUACUGUAAUAGGAUCAUUCAGAG